CCUCACCUCGCUCCUCGCUCCUUUCCUUUCGGGUUUCCCACCCCGAGCCUCUAGGCCUGUCGCGCGACCUCAAAGUUGUUUGUUUUAAUUAUUUAUUGUGGCUCAGAUAAAAUCGCUUCCGCUACUGUUAUUGAUGCUAAGAGGGACUGAGGUGCACAGCAUUGCGUUGAUGAGUGGUGUGUGAAUGCGAGUUGCGAGGAUGCGGCAAUAGUGGCGAGUGAAUCCAGGACCAGAAUGUUGGGAGUGGACGUAGUAGCAGCAGUGGGAGGGGACCGCAUGUUGUUUUGACGCCGGAGGAAGUUGUAGUGCGGGGAAAGGGCGCUUGGGGACACGAUGGCCGGGGGCGAAGAUGAGAAAUCCUUGGAGGCGACGCCCACCUGGGCCGUGGCUGCGGUUUGCGCCGUAUUCGUUGUUGCGUCUCUGGUGGUGGAACGAGGUCUGGAACACUUGGGCCAUCAACUGAAGAAAAAAAAACGGAAGCAGUUGUUACACACUCUGGGAAAAAUCAAGGAUGAGCUCAUGCUUCUGGGGUUCAUAUCCCUUUCCCUCACCGUCUUCCAGUCGAAAAUAGCUUCAAUAUGUAUGCCCGAGCGGCUCAACAAAUUUAUGCUCCCUUGCCCAUACAAAGCGGGUGCUGUGGUUGAUGCUACAGCAGCAGCUGGCCAUAGACGUCUCUUAGCAACAAGUUCACCUGUUACUUGUCCUUCAGGUCAGGUUCAAGUUAUUUCGGUUAGCGGUCUCCAUCAGCUCCAUAUUUUCAUUUUUGUGAUGGCUAUUGUCCACGUGAUCUACAGCGCGGCCACAGUGCUUCUUGGGUUAUGGCAAGUGCAUGAAUGGAAGAGCUGGGAAACACAAAGUGUACAACAAUACGACAUUUGUUUUGAAAAAGCUUUGGGCAAAAAACCCAACGCUGAAGUAGCACUGGAAGGCCGAAUGCGUUACAAAUUCUUGCAAUCGACGAGGACUGGCUAUAAUAUUUCUCGCUACAUUUACAGCUUCUUCAAACAAUUCGGAAAGCCUAUUUCGAAGCAGGACUACUGGUGUUUACGAUACGGUUUCAUCACGUUUCAUAACCUAGACCCAAAGUUUGACUUCCAUGGCUACAUCAAGCGAAGCAUAGAAAUCGACUUCCAGCAUGUGGUCGGCAUCAGCUAUUACUUGUGGGCAUUUGUGUGCAUCUACCUGCUCGUUGAUAUUCAUGGCUGGUACAGCUACUUCUGGUUGGCCUUUAUUCCUCUAGCUAUGAUACUAUUUGUUGGAGCAAAGCUCCAGCUGAUAGUUACGGCAUUAGUUGUGGGAGCUCGAAGAAAGGCCAAGGACAAUGAUAUGCGGGGUGAAUGCGUACUAAGCAAGAUCACAGGAAUCAAGACGUGCCCAGCAAUUAGCCCUCGCGAUGAACUUUUUUGGUUCAGGUCUCCACGACUGCUUCUUUUCUUACUUCACUUCAUUCUUUUCCAGAAUGCUUUUGAACUGGCCUUCUUCUUCUGGACUAUGUUCACUUACGGGUACUCGUCAUGCUUAGUGGGUAAAACAUGGAUGGUUGUUGUGCGCAUUCUUGUUGGGCUUUUUUUGCAAAUCCUAUGCAGUGUCAGCACUUUGCCUCUCUAUGCCCUUGUCACUCAGCUGGGUUCCAAAAUGAAGUUAACAGUGUUCAGAUCAGAGUCCACUGGUGUUGCUCUCAAAGGCUGGGCAAAGUCAGCAAAGAAGAGGCACAGUCAUCCGGAUCACGUCCAUGUGCCCAUCUCACCCAACUCAUCCAUCUCAAAUGAGGAACCCCAUGUCACAAAGAAAGAACACCAUCUCCAUGUGCUUGGCCUUGACAAGCAAGUGGAUGCAGGUGGCCAUGUGGUGGACAUUGUACCAGGCACAACACAGCAUCUUGGCCAAAAACACCAACACAAUGACCACAACCAUUUGAAUGGAGAUGACCACCACCAAAACCCUAAACCUGUCCAUGUACAUGCCCAAGGUGAUUCUCAUACAACAGAAGUAGCAGAGGAUCCUGGAACAAUUGUAAAUGAAUCCCAGGUAAGGGUGGGAGAUAGGGUACCAGGUAAUGAAGAGAACAAGUCAUAGUGUUACCUGUUCUCAGAUAACUGAUUCUACAGAGCUUAUGAAAUCAUUGUAUAUUGUCUUAAAUAAGAUCAAAAUUUGACUUUGAUACUUUACGAGCCAAGUUAUGCACAUCUAUCUCCACUAAAUCAAUAUCGUAUCUUCAUUUAUGUAAAUUCCAUUUUGUAAAAUAUAUUUUUUUUAAAAUU